AUGGAUCUAAAAUCGGGGUCAUCAAACAGAAAUAGGAAAAAGGGUUAUGGUGGUCGCAAACUGUGUGCUUGUCGAUUGUCAGCAAAGGUUUUCACGGCUUGGACAAACAAGGAUCCUGGCGGACGGAAGGAGGGAAUACGCAUUGUUCUUACUUUGAGUGGCUUGAUGGAAAAUAAGUUAAUGGUUGGCCAAAGAGAGCUUUGA